CGACCUGCUUCCCGUGAGCCUCUGCUCCCGGCCCCCAGGGCGCAUAUUCCCUACCCAGCAGUCCUCGCGCGGCCCGGAGGAGCGGACAGCCAGGACUUCAAGAUGGCGUCAAUCGUACCGCUGAAGGACAAGAAGCUCCUGGAAGUCAAACUAGGGGAGCUGCCAAGCUGGAUACUGAUGCGGGAUUUCACCCCUAAAGGCAUUGCUGGAGCAUUUCAAAGAGGUUACUACCGGUAUUACAACAAGUACAUCAACGUGAAGAAAGGGAGCAUCGCUGGGCUUUCUAUGGUGCUUGCAGCUUACGUGCUUUUCAACUACUGCCGUUCUUACAAGGAACUCAAACACGAGCGGCUACGCAAGUACCACUGAAGAGGGCGCACUCUGCAUUCCUGACCAUGACCUUUGCCUGGCACCCCUGAAUCCUUUUAUAUCCUAGUGGAGAAUUAACACCCAAUAAAAGAUGACUGGUACGCGGA